AUGUGGCUGAAGAUCUUGUCACCUUCUCCAAGCAGCAGGGGAUUGGGAACCGGAAACAUUGUUAAGGACAACUAUCAAGAUGCCAACCCAGAUGCCGUCAUCAACGAUCGCCCUCCCAAGAAAACAACAAAACAGUCUUCAUCGUCGAAAGUCAAGGCACUAGUCAAUAAUGGAGACACCAGAAGGUUGAAGAUGAAACAGGAGAGCUCCAACAAGCUUCUGCAAAGUCGAUCGGCUGAUCAACCAGAGGUGCAAGACAACGAAGCUAAAUCACAACCAAUCAAGACCAACCCAACCAACCUCGCUGGCAAUAGCACCAAGGACAGUAGGGAAGUCUUCGCACGAAGAUAUUGGGUCCACUCCACGACGCCGCCGUCGCCCAAAUCUUCGUCGCGUCAAGAGAAUCCAGAAUUGAUAUGGAAUGAUUUAGACCACGCAUACCCCAAUCUAAAACCCACACAAAACGAACCAGAGCCCACACAAAACGGGCCAGAGCCUACUCAGUUGCCUUGUGAUGUCUCUUGCUUGACGGAGGAUUUGAAUUCCGUUCAAGUAGAAGAGGCGGUCCCACUGCCCAGCAUUAUUGGUCUGGAAGAUGUCAAGGUUGCGUCCAAGGCAGCAUUUUUCAACGCUCUUUGGUAUGGGGGAGUUAUCGCAAAGGCGGGAAAGACGGCUGGCGAAGCAGUAUACCAGAAGUCUCUCAACGUAGGUGUCUCGAGAUCUCCAAACGACUCGGAUGGGGCCGCACUGGAAAUUACCUCGACCUCGACCCAUACGACAACCUCUGGCUCUUCUACGUCUACCAAAUCGCAAAAUAAGCAAGCUGUUUGCGAUGAACACAAAGUUGUGAUUGAGAAGCGAUUGACACAAAAAGCCAAGAAAGCAAGAAGGAUCCGCCGCACCCGUCUCGCCAGCAGCCAAAAUAAGAAGUCUAAAAGCCAGAGCAAUCCAAGCAGAAAGUUACGAUUCCGCAAGAGAAAUAAUCUUCCUCCUAAGAAAGAAAAAAUUGUGAUGGAUGAGGAGAGUACAAUUAUGAUUGAAGAAGGUGACGAUUGCUUUUUGAUGACAAAGGAAGACUUUGAUGACCUUGUCGACACCAUCAACUCUCUCACUGGCAAACAAAAAGGUAGCAAAGGAGAUGGACUUUGCGAUUGCUAUAUUGCCAAGGACAUUGUCGAUUGGUUCAUGAGCAUGGGCACAAAGACGAAAGCAAAAAGUCCGGACAAUAGCCAGUCGGCCACUGCCCUCAUGGGGAGGAUGGAUGGAGCACAGCUUUGGAAGACACUCAUGGACCACGAUCCAACAUCAUCGGCAGCUCCAACUACAAGUUGCUUUGUCGAUGAUGACAUGCGAGGUAGUGAAGAUACCACUGAUAGUAGUUUGACUGGCAGAACACCGAAGAUUCGAAACACACACACGAAGUUUGCGGACGACGACAUGGCAGUGACAACUCCGUCAGCGUUAUCAAAACGAAAGAACAAGACAGUCCCCACCCAAGCGCCAUUCAUGCAACGCAUUUUGGAAGAUGUCAAUAGCAUGGCCAUGGAUAAGGGUCAUGAUGAGGAUCCUUUGGAAGAAGACCCGAUUGAGGUGGUUCAUGCUGAGUUCCAGCCUAUGGAUAUGAUCCGAACCAACAAUUUUGUAGUUGCCUACGAAGGGGAAAGCGGUCAACCGGAAGACAUUAUUGAGACCAUGUUGGUUUCUGAUGAAAAAAGUCAUGGUGACGAUGACCCUCAUGAGAGUUUGGAAUUGGAACAACAAGGUGAUUGCGAAUAUGGGCGUGACCUUUGCCUCCCCGAAGAUGGUGAUUCUAUUUUCUCUGUACCCAUUGAUGAAGCAACGGAUGCCACACAAUGUGGUGAGGGGUUCAUGUUUGACAUUGAUCAAAAGAAAUAUAACUGGGAUCAUGGUCAGUACAAAGUGAAUUCGAGAGAUGGUGCGAAAAUGCCCACCAUUCACGAAGUCGACACGAUUGUCUAUGAGAAUUGUUGCGACGAGGAUGAUGGCUUUUCUCAUGAUUGGAGUAGCAUCACACCCGAUAACACAGAACAUAGCAUUGGAACAGUGACAACUGAAACAGGUGGAGCUAUAUCUCCGGUCCGCCCUCCUGUCAUGAUGCAAAAAGUGGAGGAGGACGCCAGCAACCGAAAAGCAGAAUUGAAUCGCCGUCUGAAGGAGUUGGAAGCGGGAUUGAGCCAACUCCAAGGAGAGUACAAGCAAAUUCAUCAUUCAAUCAAAGCUGUGGAAACGAACCUGCCGACAUUACCCGCAAUACGGUCUGAUUGGGUAAGUAAGCACGAUGGCGUGGAAGAGCACAAAGAAGAACAAGAUGAUCAUUUCCUUGAGGCAAAUAACGACGAGGAAUACAACGAAGAAGGGGUAAUGUCAAUAUAA